GGACCUUUUCCGCUGAAUUUCUUCGGAUGCCGGUUCUUUCCUUGUAGCUUUGCGGAAGACGCCUGGGUGUUAUUGCUGUCUUCUGAGUAAUGUAGUUAGGCUGGAAAUUUAGCUGGAAGAAGCGACGUCCAAGGCAGCGGUCGGAGGUGUAACAGACCUGUCUGUUUUUUCACUCCUUCCUUUCCAAACGAAUCAGCUGAACCAUGAAGGUGAUAGCCGUUCUUUGCUGAUACCUUCUUCCUGCUAUUUAGGAACUUUUAACAUAAAAGAACACUAUGAUAUGUACAACAGUUUUUGCUUUGCCUAUGUUAAUGAGAAGUGCCAGUAGAAUUCUUCCCUUCUGUUCUUCAUAUUUGUGUCUAAGACAAGCAGCUGUAAGAUACUGCACAAUAAAUGGCACAAUGAAAUCCAGAAGAAUGUCAGACCAUCUGGAGAGAACAGCAAAUGACUUUCGGCAUGAGAUUAUUUCUAAAGCAGAAGUGUGUGGCAUCAGCAAUGAAUCUGAAAUGGUUAAAAGACUCUGUUUGGCAGUGACGGAUAAAGAAUUUACUUUUAAGGCAGGACAAUGGGUAGAUUUCUUUAUACCUGGAGUCCCUGUAGUUGGUGGAUUCUCAAUAUGUUCAAGUCCUGCUAUGUUGGAAGAAGAGGGGACACUGGAACUUGCAGUCAAACAUACAGCACACCCACCUGCUCACUGGGUUCAUACUCAGUGCACCCUUAAUUCAGAAGUGGCUUUGCGAGUGGGAGGCAACUUCUUUUAUGAUCCUCAGCCUGAAGACAUUCCAGCAAACAUAGUGCUCAUAGCAGGUGGAGUGGGCAUUAAUCCUUUAUUUUCUAUACUGCUCCACACCGCAGACCUCCACAGAACUCAAGAGAACAAAGGAGAUGGUUACAAAAUGGGAACAACCAAACUGUUCUAUUGUGCAAAAAAUACACAUGAACUUCUGUUCAGGAAACAGAUUCUUGGUUUGACAGAUGCCUUUCCUGGAAAGAUCACAUGCAGUUUCCACGUUACCAAGCAGAAUUCACCAAUUUGUGAGAAACUACAGCCUUACGUCAAAGAAGGAAGACUAUCUGGAAGUGACCUAGAAAAAUGUAUCUCCAAGAAUACUUUGUGGUACAUUUGUGGACCACCUCCAAUGAUAGAAUCCAUCUCCAUGCUGCUUGAAAACCUUGGGGUGGUUCAGGGGAACAUUUUCUUUGAAAAGUGGUGGUAGGACAUCCAGCAGCUCUCCAAGCAAAAUAAAAAUGAAGACGUUAAUAUGUGCGUGUAUGCUGAUGAACACUGAAAGUUUACACAAAGUAAACAUUUUUCCAUUUGUGCAAAUAAAAUAAUUAAUUAUGAAAUUAGGUAAUUUAUUUUUAAUUUAGCUGUUUUGGAAAAACAAAUAGAAAACAUUAUGACAAAUUUCUGUAUGUGCUGACUCAGUCAUAAUUUCUAAAAAUAAAAUAUUUUUUUAAACA